GCCGGCCGCCCGCGCGCCCGGGGCAUGAUCCGCGGCGCCUGGAUGUCCCCCCGCGGGGGCGCCGCCGGCGGGGCCGUGUGCUGCGCGCCGCGCCGCAGCGACAAGCCGGUGGCCGACCCCGAGCGGGCGCAGAAAUGGCGCCUCUCGCUCGCCUCGCUCCUCUUCUUCACCGUGCUCCUCUCCGACCAUCUGUGGCUCUGCGCCGGGGCCAAGCUGCGCGCGCGGGAGCGGCCGCGGGGCCGCGGGCCGCGGGCGCUGCUGGCGGCCGAGCCGGCGGGCGGCAGCUGCGAGGCCCUGCUGGGCAACCUGAGCCGCGGCCCCGGCGGGCCCUGCCCCGCCGCCCGCGGGGACCUGGACUCGGCGUGCGCCCGGCUGCUCGCCCCGCAGCGCCCGCGGGCCCCCGGCGCGCCCCUGCGCUCGCCCCCCGCCGCCGCCGCCGCCGCCGCCGCGCCCUUCUUCGCCUCGCCCUCCUCCAAGAGGACCUUCCUGCAGGCUUACUUCAGGAACUUCAACCUCUCCUUUUGUGAUACUUACACGAUCUGGGACCUGCUGCGGGAGAUGGCCGGCCCGGACGGCCUGGACUGCAGCCUGGACAACCUGAUGGUGGACCUGGUGGUGGCGGCGGCCGGGGCGCUGGGCGGGGAGGCCUGUAGCAGCUGUGUCCAGGCGUACCAGCGGCUGGACCAACACGCUCAGGAAAAAUACGAGGAGUUCGACCUCUUGCUGGAGAAGUACUUGCAAUCGGAAGAGUACUCGGUCAGAUCCUGCCUGACAGACUGCAAGGCUGUCUACAAGGCCUGGCUGUGCUCCGAGUACUUCAACGUGACCCAACAACAGUGCCGACAGCGGAUCCCAUGCAAGCAAUACUGCCUGGAGGUGCAGACCAGGUGCCCCUUUGUGUUACCGGACAAUGACGAGCUGAUCUAUGGAGGUUUGCCUGGCUUCAUCUGUACGGGGCUGCUGGAGAACCAGCUGCCCGACGAGGAGGCCAAGUGCUGCGAGGUGCAAUGGGACUCCUGCGACCACCCCCCAGACAGCAACGACAACACAUCCCCCAAAUCCACGGCGUCAGAGUCACUCCAUUUCCACCGCCACGACCCCCACGUCCAUCACCAGCAGCAGAACCACUACCAUCUCUACCACCACCACCAGUACCACCAGUACCACCAGCCCCGCUCCCCGUCCUUGCUGCCGGUCUCCGCAGGGUCUCGCCUCGGCAGCAGCAGGAUCAGACUGUGCGUGCUGGUCCUGAUGCUUCUCCACACCAUGGUGUCCUUCUCGAGCGUGCACGGUGGCGGCGGCGCGGCCGGGGGGCUUGGCCUGGAGGCCCUGCCCGCCCUGGAGGAGAGCGUGGCACGGGACGAGUGACACGGAGGGCAGGGCCGACCUCCACUGAGAAUGCCAGAUCUUUUUCCACUAAGGGGGGCACAUGCUAUUCCUCCAAUGGGAGGCACGGGAUUGGGGGUGACGCACACACACCCCCCAAGAGCUGCUCGCGCGGGGCAUCCCCGUGAUGAAGAGUCUCUAACGCGCACAGGGCUGCGGGACCCGGCGCUGAGAAGGGUUCGGUCAGUGGCAGCGGGGCAGGGACGGCAUGAGGGUGGGGGGAUGGAGGGCAGGGGGUCCCUUGGGAAGGAGGGUCCCCGUGGGACUGCUGAGUGUCUCCCUGGCUGCUGCCGCGAGUGCCUUGGGCGCCCGCGCCUUCCCCGCCCGCGCCGUGCCAGGGUUUGGUGGGUGGCCCAGCCCUUGUUCCUUUUCUCCUCGGUCUGAGAAUCCCAAGGGAGCAGGAGGAGGGGCAGCACCUCCUGGCACAGCCUUGCCCCUCCACUCCUGUCCCAGGGAAAACUCGCCAAUUCAAGGCAGAACCACCCUCGUGGGGCGCAGCAUCCUCGGUGUGGCAUUGCCCUCGCUGAGGGGAUUUGGGGCAGCAGUGGGAUGCUGUGACACUUCACUGUGGCACCACUCGGGGUUGGUCUCAUUGCAUCCCAGCCUGCUCCUCCAGCCUUGCCUUUCCUGCUCCUCUGUGCAAGGAGGUGGAGAGGGAGGAGGCCCAGAGCAGGAGGGAUAUCCCCAGCAUUCCACAUCCCACUUUGCCAAGUGUCCUGAUGAUUUGGUGUAACCUUUUUUGUUGUCCUUUUUGGCUGGUUUCUGUGAGGAGUUAGGGAGAUGUGACUCCAGCAGCACAGGCUAAGGGAGGGAGUAACAGUUGGAUGCAGGGCAUCCCAAAGGCAUCCUUCCAUGCUUCCCAGCUACAAAUCAUCGACUGGAUGGCAGGAGGACUGGGCAAAAGGGCUGGAGAAACCUGGUUUGUAGAGAGAGUCUCCCACACAAAAAAAGAGACACUAACAAAGCCCAGCUGGGGAGGAGAGUUUUUGUGAAUACUUCUUAUCCAUGGAUACCCCCAGAUCAGGAAAUUUCUGGGAACCCAGCUGGGACAGCUGGACUCAGCUGGUCAAGGUGCUGGCUGGUGCAGUCUCAUUCAACUCACUUGGGGUGUUUUUAACCUGAGCUCAGUGUAUCCAGGGAUUCAGCCCCAAACAGACAUCAGAUCCCUAGGAUCUGAUCCCCAGAUCAUUUCCUAGGAAAUUCCCAAUGCUCCACCCACCCACCAGAGCUGUUCCCAGUGUGCACGCUGUGAGGUGGUGCCUGGGGAAUGGCACUGCCCCUCUGGGCUGGGCACCAGGGACCAGGGUUUGUCCUGGGGUGGGCAGGGAAGAAGGAGGGGGCAUUUUAGCAUGAGGUCAUGGUUUGGAUGUGGACCUGCUUUUUGCUCCAAGAAGAGGUGGGAUGCUCCCUCUCUUUCCAGGCUGGCUCUUGAUGGGGAAACUACAGCCCUGGGUGGAUCACUGCAGCCCGGCUGGGAGGCAGGAGUGGAGCAGGAGGAAUGUCCUGCUGCAUCUCAAACCAAUCCCAAAUAUCUGCAAGGGUCUGAGAAGUCCCAGUGUUGAGGACUGUAGGAAUUUUGUGGUUUCUGGUUCGUUGAGUUGAAGCAAAACCAAGCAGAGCCCCAUGAGCAAAGCUACUUCCUGCCCGGCUGGAAGAAGGAAGUACCGGGCAUCUCGUGGGAAGGACAGGUUUCCUGAUGUUUCCAGCCCAUUUCCAGACCAAAGAGGCUCUGAGAAGCAGCUGAAUGUUUGAUUCCUGCUUUGGCUUGAAUCUCAGAGCUUUGGGGUGAUGUUUACACGCUACCAGUUGCCUGUUAACCAAAGUCCUGCAGAGACGAGGCCUGUGAUCCCGCUAUCCCGUGGUUCUGGGGGUGGGAGAGGUGAUGCUUAUGGAAGAUGUAGAGUGUUUCCCGAACAGAUUCCUUUGCUGUUGCUAUCCAGAAAAGGUAGGAUGAUUCUCACUUUACUGCUCCUCAUGGCAUCCUUAUAUUUUCAGCCUAGUUUACACCGAUCUGAGAACUUGGACAUGGAGCAGUUCCACGAAGAGGGAUCCGAGCCCUCAGAUUGCCGUGAGCAGUGUCCUGUGGAGCUGCUCUGUCGAGGAGCAAAAGCUCCCAGGCAGGCCAGGGGAGGGAGCACAGCCCCAUCCCUGCCUCCAGACAGCCGCAUCCUGGAGGAAAUUAGAUUUCUCAUGUCCUGCCAAGAGUUAAGCUGAUUCCAGGCGCCUCUCUCGGAGAUAGGCUCCGUCCAAUCUCAGAGCGACUCGUGUGGAGAGAGAACAGCCCCGUGUGGUGUGUCAGAGUGGCCCUGAGUCACUGGCCCUGCUCGCUGUGUGCUGGGACACUGAGCAGCGCCGGGAGGGUGGGGUGGCCCCGGCUCGGUCCCUGCACCACGUCCAGAUGCCAGAUCUGGCCCAGGGACUAUCCCGAGGGAGGUGUGUCCUUCUCCCUGCCCCUUCUCCCCUGUGCCCUGCUGGCGAUGGAGCGUCCGGCUGGGCUUGGGGGCUUCUAGGGGCACCGAGGUUUGGUGAUGGGGAUUUGGGUUUCCCAGAGAAGCUGUGGCUGCCCCAUCCCUGGAAGUGUUCAGGUUGGAGCAAGCUGAGAUAGUGGAAGGUGUCCCUGCCUAUGGCAGGGAGUGGAACAAGAUGAGCUUUAAGGUCCCUUCCAACCGAACCAUUCUAUGAUUACAUGAUUUCCACAGGGCUACAGGAGUGAGGUCCAAUAUCCCAAGUUAUCAUCAGGGGGCUGGCAGGGUUUUGCUGGGAUAACCUGGGAGCUGUGAGAAAUGUCUUCCCCUUCCCUAAUGUGAGCUGAAGGCUUCACCUCGGGAGGCCGGGAGCACGCGCUGCAUCCCAGGGAGUCGGAGAGCGGAGCCGGUUCUGCACUGGGGUGCUUGUGGUGGUUACUGGGGGGAUGUUCAGCCCCAUCUGCCGGGCAAGGGACUCUGCAGGGCAGAGUAGGAGAAAAAUAUGUAGGAGACCGACAUAUUUUCCAGGCAGUGGCUCCCAGGAGGUGUUCCCACAGGGGUGAGGUACCGUGGGUGGGCAGCGGGAGCGCGCGGGAUGCAGAGCCUGGGCUGGGGCUUUACCUUGUGCGACUGGGAGGAAAGUGCUGAGUCUUCACAGAGUGAGGCUUUGGAAGGAGAUCUUUUAUUUAGUGAGUCUGGGCUGCUGUCAAUAAGUUCUGUGGUUUUAGGGCACCAUAUGCUGUAUUCAACACUUUGCCAAUCUCCUUAAACGAAUCCAGACGAGGCUGUUCCCGGAGCAGGCCAGAGCAGCUGGAAGCGGUGUAUGGAGCCCGUCGGAUAAAAAUCCUCCCUUUGCUCUGACAUUACAGCCUUCCUAAUCCUCCAUCCCUGAUCGCUCUGUCUUUGCUCCACAAGAGAACGGCCCAGAGAGCAGACGGUGACUUUGUCUCACUUCAUCCCACCGGCAUUAUGUUUAUUACAAUAGGAGGGGAUAAAAAGGGAAUGUGCCUGGAUAAGGAGGGAAUGUGCCUGGCUAAGCAGGGAAUGGGGUUCUUUGCCCUGUGCAUGCAGGUACACUUCACCCCAAGCCUGAUGUCUGCCAGACCAGGAGCCAUUGCAGAGCCACAUUCCCACAGCCACCUUGAAAAGCCCCAGGUCUGAAUGCAUUUAUCCCACCAGGAAUUUAACACCAAGGGGCUUUCUUCUUUUCAUCCAGUGAUCCUAUCUCUUCUCCUUUAAGAAGGUGCCCCACAUUGGGAUUAAGAUGUAACACUCAACCUUUCUUUCAGUGGAUAAACUUCUCCUGCUGGGAGAAAACUCCCAGGGGGAAGCAGUGAUUCCUCCCUGGUGAAGGGGCUUCUCAUCCCUGGGGAGCUGAGGGAUGAUGAUGUCCCUGCAGGAUCCAGGUGUGGGCAGGGCUGCAGGAGCAAAAGGAGCCGGGUCCUGCCCGGCCACAUCAUUAUUCCCGGGUUUUGCACUUUCAUGUCGCUGCCAGUUGUACAAAUUAAUUAAAAAUAACUGAAGAAAAAUCCCAAAGAAAGGCCCCGAUUCCUCUGGGAAAGAUUAAUCAUUAGUUGAGCCUUUUUCUUAUGAAAAUACAGAUCCGUGGUAGCCCCAGGCAAAAGAUUCCCAGGGAGAGCCCUCACCAUUCGUGCUCCGAGUGAGGGAAAUCGCUUUGAAAGCAUCUGACAACUAAAGCAGAACAUGUUGAGUAACUUGGCAACACUCAGAAAACAUCUUGAAAUGGUUUUUGUUCAACACAUUUUGCUUUGCUUCAAUAGGAGAUGUCAGGGCAGUUCAUUCACUGCCACUCAGGACUGCGGGCGAUGCCGGGAGACACUCCUGCCUUUGGGAAGGGAAAAUCCCUGAUAUCUGCUGCUCCUGGGGCAGGAUCUGCUGGAGCGAUGCCAUGGAGCUUCCCUUGCUGAGCUCUGCAGGUCCCUCCUGUUCUUCUGGUGGCACCAAGCGUGGAGGUUUGGUGAUGGAUAUUUGGGUUUCCCAGAGAAGCUGUGGCUGCCCCAUCCUUGGAAGUGCUCAAGGCCAGGUUGGACAGGGCUUGGAGCAGCCUGGGGUAGUGGAAGCUGCCCCUGCUCAUGGCAGGGGUUGGAACUAGAUGGUCUUGAAGGUCCGUUCCAACCCAAACCUUUCUGUGAUUCCAUGAUUUCCACAGAGCCGCGUGGUGAGGUUCAAUACCCCAAGUUACCUUCAGCUUCUGAUUCAUCCUAAUCCCAUACCCUGGAAAGGAAUUGGGAGAGACAAAGUCGGGACAGAAACAUUCUUGGAUUCUGCCAGAAUGUGAUGGGACAGGGAAUUUUGUGUAUCAGCUUUGUGUGCUGCCCUGGGGCUUCCCAUCCCUGGGGGUUAAAUCUCUCUUAAAUUAUUCUGGAAAAGUUGGGAAGGGCCAUGUCCGGUGUUCAGGUUGGAUGUUAAUGGUCUGCUUCAGGCCAUCAAAGCUCAUGGGCAUCCCAGCUGGAAGUACCAACAUCACACAACCCCAAACUCACCCCUUUUCCCCCCAAAAGGAGCCUACUUAGAGCUCCCAGAUCAGAGCAGCUCAGGGGUUGCACAGCUCCAACCACAAGUCCAUUCCAAGGAAUUGAGGGGUUUUGGCAGCAAUUUUUGGGUAUUCUUGGUCCAGCUGACUCUUUAGGUGAUCUUCCAGCCUGCACUGGGAGGGAGGAAGGGAGCAGAGGGAAUGCUGUGGUGGAGGAUAAACCAUCUUUAAUUAAGGAUCAUUAAAAAAAAUUAACUUGUAAUAGUUGUUGGGGUUUUAUCAAAGCUCUCAGCCCCUCUCACAGGCCUGGGCAGGAGAUGGAUGAGUUCUUGAGCCCCGUCCCUCCAUCUUUCCUUGCACUGCAUCUCCAGGUCUUGUGUUCCAGACAAGGCUAGGAGCAGUUUCCAGCCUCGUUAGCAUUUUAGGAUGAUCCUUUUUCAGCCCAGAAAGUCAACAGCUUUGCUUGUUAUAAACUGAAACUCAACAAAAAGACCCAAGAAUUAAGUUUGGCUUAUGAAAUUUGGGUUUGGUUUUGCCAUUUUUAAAUGUAUUUGGGAACUGGACGUGCCCGAGUUGCAAAACAAAAAGACAUUUUGAGCCAGACAGUGAUUUUUUUAUUUUGAAACUUGUCAAAACAAGCCAGAUUGAUCAUUAUGACCGAUUUUUUUUUUCUUUUUUUGCAAAUUGAGAAAUGCAUCCAGAACAGGCCUUUCCCACAAAACCUUUCAUUUUCCAAAAAGAAAACGAAGAAAAAAAAUCAAUCACACUUUUUCUGCUCACACAGUUGGAACAGGCGGCAGCGGAUUGGGAGAGAAUAGCAAUUUGUAAGGAAUUCCAACCAGCUCUCCCUAAAAUAGCAUCCAGCCAGUUUCUCCAGGGCAGGAGGCUCAGUGGCUCCAUGGUGGGAACAGGCUGGAGCAAGGCCUGGCUGACCAGGGCAGCUCCAGGCUGGGAUAACACCUUGGGAAUGCAGGGACACCUCCCCUGUGGGAAUCAGAGGUGCUUCUGCCUGGGAGGAAUUCCUGGGAAUCCCCAGCCAUCCCUCUGAUGGAUGUUUAGUUUGGUUUUCUGUUCCAAACCAAACUGAAUCCAGCUUCUCCGAGCCUCCGGUGCUCGGACAUCGUUACGAGAUGCCUUCAAAAGGGAGACGCUCCCAUCUGUGCCUGGGAGUGUGAACUGGGAAGAAAUUCCACAUGUGGGUCCUUGAGGAAGCAGACUCCAUGGUUCAAGGAGGGAUGUGUUCAGGGAGAGCAUGACAAGCCCCCAAAUCCCUGCCCGUGUGCCCUUCUCCCUCUGGAAUGCGGGUCCGGCAGCCGGGCUGGGGCUCCCUGCCCGGGCUGGGGGUGCUGGGGGGCACAAGGGCACCUCGGGGGCACCUCGUGGGGAUCUUGUGGGGACCCGACCCCGGCUGUGCCCGCGUGUGCCCAGGCUGCUCGUGACCGAACCCUUCUCAAGUGCUUGUGCCAUGUCGGUGGUGACAGAGCUCAGACCGACCACAAGGUCCUUUUCCAGUGCGUGGUGGUGAAACUCGAACCAACAUACUGCUGAAGUCAAAAUAUUCUUUCUAAUCCCCCUGCCCGGUUUCUCUUUCUUUCCAGCUUUCCUCCUCCGCCUCCCGACCCUCCCUCUCUGUUCCCACCCCCCUUCUGUUUCUCUUUCUCCCCUCUGUCAUAAGAAAGUGACUGUGUCCUCGAGGGGACAGUUUUCUUAUGCCAUUUUAUACACUGUGCUUCAUGUUUAGAACUUUUUUGCACUAGUUCCUAUUACAUUUAUUUUCCAAACUGGUUUGACAAAAAACAAACAAAAAAAACCCAACAAAAACACAAUCCCAUGCUAUAAUUCAGUUGUAUUAAAAUAUUAUCCUACUACUCUCUGUGUUCAAUAGUCUCUGUACCUGUAAUGCUUUCAGUUCUGUUGUAUUUUGGGGCCGAGGUUUUCUCUGCUCCUUGUUUAACCCAGUAAAGAAAUAAAAUGUUAAGAAUUGAUGAUAAA